AUGUCCGUGUUUUUUCCACAAAUUCUUUCAGGAAAGCCCAAGGUGUAUCAAGGUGUUAGGGUAAAGAUUACAGUUAAGGAGUUACUGCAGCAGAGAAGAGCACGACAAGCAGCAACUGGUGCAGCGUUAGAUGAGGCAGGAAAUGAAGGCACCAGAGCACCUUUUGAUGCAGAACCCAUCUCUUCUGUCCCCAACUAUUGUCCAUCAUGGCAGUUUUCGAAUUGCCUCUCCUGUGAAGAAAGCCCUAGCUAUUUGGAGCAGCUGGUAGAUUCCUGUCUUCAGACAGAUGCGCCCUUAGACCCAUCCUUCAGUGCUUUCCAGACGUCCUCACACUACACCUCAGACGCCUUCCAGCCAGUCCCGCUCUGCUUUAACCAGGGCCUGGCUUCCGGAUCACCCAGUUCAGCUGAUCUGUCCAGUCCAUUAAACUAUAGCUGCUCUCCUCCGCAGCUAUCUCCUCUCACCCCGCUGACCCACAGCCCACCCUCUGCUCUGGACACCAAGACCUAUGGCUACCCUGCAGAGGAGUGGUCCUGCCAUACCCCCUCCCCAUACACCACCUCUGCCUGCUGCUGCACCGCCUGUGGCUCCCAGCAUGUGGACAACAGGGUCCCGCAGUACUUCCCCUGCCCCAGCACAGACUGCAUGGACUACCUACCGCCCAUGGCCAUGGCCGAUGACUUCUUCAGAAGGGAUAGGAACUGUGACAUCUGCUAUAGCUAA